CAGUGUCAGGAUGCUGUUAACAUUAGGCAUGAGAGUUGGAUGAACUAGCAGCACACUUCACGAUAAAAUUACACAAUUAUCUCGAUGAGGGCGGAUACACGUCUGGAGGGAUACUGUACGGAGCUCGCAAACUACACCAUUUUUUAAAUAUAUAUAUAUAUAUAAGAAGACAAAUUGUAAAAGGAUGGAAGACGAUACUACUUGGCUGUGAGAUUAUUUUUUUUAAAGAGCAUCUUCAAAGUUUGUUUUUAUAAACACAUAGAAAACUAGUUAUAGGCUAAAAGUCUCUCUAGAUACAUGCCAAGGGCACGUUGACGUGUAUUUCCACGAACCCUAUUAAAUGUUGACCUGCACAAGGAAAGCGGUCUUGGAGACGCAUUGCCAUUUCGCUCUGAGAACACCGAGUUGGUUUUGAGUGACGUUUCUUCUCUUUUCCUCCGGUGCGAUCAGUCUGCGAGCUACACCGUUUUCUAAUUGAUCCGUCAUAAAUGUCAUUCCUGAACAUAAGAAAGCGGCGACAGCCGCUUACUCCUGUAUCGUAUUAUUUCGUUUCAUUAAUUUCGAAGCCAGAGGAUCGAUAAACAAGAUCAAUUUUUUGGAGAGUUGAGAGAAAUCAAUAGACGACAUAUCAACCUCAACGCCGAGACCUAUUCCCUCAUUGAAAUGAACGCAGUGAAAUAACGACUAUAAACCGACUCGGUCAGAUCAGGUGAAUCAUUUUCAAAGACAAGGACUAUCAUUGGUCUCACACCAACCGACAAUAAUGUCAACAGAAAUACAAGCAAGUGGCUGUACAUGUCAAACAACGUUUGGAUUGUCAGGAAUUCGCAGCUCUCAUCCUGUUGAACGCCCUCAGUAGCUGCCACCUUCAGUGAGGUCCUCUUAAGCCACUUCCACUGACCCCUGAACCCUCGUUGCCAUGGAGAACAUGAGUGAGCUCCAGAACCCGCUCCUGGACAAGAACAGCAAGCACGUCGUCAACGGUUACGGCGGCGACUUCCCUAACAACCAGUACCAGGAGAACAUCAUCAACUACUUAACCGGUGGCAACAGCGGAGAAGGAGGAGGUAACACUACCAACGGUAUGGUGGCCCAUGUGGGACACAACAAUCCCAAUGGCAAGACGAAAGCUCAACAACUCCUGGACGCCACCUCACUCCAUCUGGCCGUCGAGGCCUUCUACAGGCCCAACUUCAUCCUGUACAAGGAGGAAGGGGGAGGAGGAGGCGGAGUCAAGGCCAAGGAUUAUAAGAACGAGUGUUGCGAGACUACCUUCACAGAGAAGAAGGAGAAGGAGAGGGAGGCGUCUGUAGCAGUGGAGACCCCCGGAAGCACAGAGGACCCUCAGGCCAAGCUGCUGGAAGAAGGAGACAACGUGAAGAUACAGACUGUCUCCUACGAGGUGGAGGAGGAGGAGUAUGUGGAUUACGAGACGGACUGCUCCAGCGACAGCGAGAGUGAAGAUAACUUCAUAGUGAUCCCACCCAGAGACCAUCUGGGCCUGGCCAUCUUCUCCAUGCUCUGCUGCUUCUGGCCCCUGGGCAUCGCUGCUUUCUACUUCUCCCAGGGGACCAGUAAGGCGGUGACGAAGGGUGACUUCCCGCUGGCGAGCAUCGCAUCCCGAAGGGCUUUGUUCCUGGCGGCCCUCUCCAUCACCAUCGGGACAGGCGUCUAUGUGGGGGUGGUGGUGGCCCUCAUCGCCUACCUCUCCAAGCCAGGUCACAUAUAGCAGCGCCAGGGGGAACCGGUAAUGGACACUGCUACUGCCAGGGAAAGGUGAAGGGGGCAUCAUUAUUUUUUCUUCCACCAUCCCUCUAUCUGUCCAGCCUUCUCUCUGACUACCAGGUGAACAACAGGAGAGAAGUGAGGAACCACCCCUUCUCAGUGGACACUGCUACUACCAGGGAAUGGUUUGAACUGCCCUCCUCCCGUAACAUAACAGCACUGCUGACAUGGAAUCCGUUCCUCUCUCUUUCCCCCUCAUCCCUUCAUCUCUCUAUCCUCCUCCCUUCAGCCUCCCUACAGGCAGCAAAGAUUAGAUGAAGGAACAAAGAGGAGCUAGGCAUGAAGGGGAGAGGAGGAGGAGGAGGAGAAGAGCAGGGGAAACUAGGACAGAGAGAACACAGACACUGUUUUCUCUAAGAAAAGUUAUAUGAAGUGAGGUAAAGAGGAACACAGUUUGAGAUGUGAUGUCCUGUUCCGUUCGUCCCGCCCGUCUCCCCCCCCCCUCCCCGUCUCCCCCUGUAGGGGGUUUAAACUUAGCUUUGUUACUUCAACAUUCUACAGACCAUUACAGAAAACGAGAUGGGUGGGUGAGGGAUCAGACAGCAAAAAACAUGAUUUGCAAUUACUGAGACUUUAGCAGACGGAGGAACUUCAAGGGACCGCAGUGUCUGGAGGUCUCACUGAGAGGACUAUAAAAACGUCCUUGAAUUCUCUAUCUGUAUGCCAUCUGAACCAGGAUUGAACAUUUUGACUAUCUGGAUCCCCUGCUACUAACUGACUAUCUCUGUUAAUUUACCAUCAAAUGCUUCUUCAAUGGGCCUGGUUCUAAGGCCUACUGCUGGGUGGUUCUCUGUCAACAUGGAGAGAGAGAGAGACAGAGAGAGAGACAGACAGAGAGAGAGAGACAGAGAGAGAGAGAGAGAGACAGAGACAGA